UGACAGUUCGAGUGAAGGGCAGCGAUUGCUGCGAUGAUCGCGGGUGAAGUGUGAUUUUUCGCGAAAUCAGUGCGAAUCGCCUACUGUGAUGAGUGGAAAUUGCGUGCAUAAUCAUCACACACAAAUGAUAAUAAAUCAAAACGCAUGCGUGUGAGAUGAGAGUUCACCACUACAGUCUCAAGGCCUGCUGCUGCUGUCGUGAAGAUACUCUCGCGCGAGCGAGAUUCGACUCUCGCUGUGACGGCGACGACGACGACGACGUUGGGCCUCUUUUUCCAACGGACUCGGACUCAGACGACCACCACGACACCACGGCAGCGAUCCGCGGAUAUUGACGGGGAAGAAAAAUUUCGUGUCUCGGUGAAAAUUCGCCACAAAUCGGUGCUCGAAUCGGCCAACUCGGAAGUUCGGUGCGGUAGUUGUGCGACCCAGUGAGUGCGAGCGGAACUACGGGACGAACCCCGGGAAUACACGGUGUGAACCAGACGACCGCGAGUCCGGACAGCUUCCGGAAGAGAGCGUAGCAGGCAGGGCAGGGGUGCAUCGAAGGAGUCUGUGCCUCGCGGAUGACCCUUGGAGCAAAUCGAAGCAAAUCAGCCUACCUUGAUUAGGAGAAGGGAAAUUUGAAGAAGUGACUCGCCAAAUUUGGGCUAAGGAGGAAAAUUUCAAGUGCGUGCGUGACGUUUCGGAAAAAAGGGAGCAACGAGAUCCCAGUGUCGGACGAAAUUUUGCGAAAAAAUCGCCCUGCAAAGUUGAGACUUUCAGCAAUCAUCAUCGUCACGACCGUCAUCAUCAUCGGCGACGACGACGGCAAGUGUCUGUGUGUAUGUGUACGAUUUGUCUUCUCAGUGGAUGACGAGGAAAAUCGGAGAAGACGAAGCCGCGGCAGCAGCAUCCUGAUCAGCGGAUCAACAUCGGUGGACCCCCGGUCGUGACACCUUCUGGAAAUUCGCGCUCUCUCUCUAUCUCUCUGUCUCCAACUCCGGCCACUGUCUCAGUCACUGUCUGCGGACGCAGCAGGCCGUGAAACGGAAAAUCCAACUGAAGCACAGUAAUGUGAAACCCCGAGAGUGAGAAAAGUGCAGGAAACGCGCAAAGAGAGCGAAAGAAAGAAAGAGAGGAAGUGAUCAACAACAGCUAAACAAGCGUCAAACACAAUAUACAAAAAAAAACGGAAGACGAGAAGAAGACGAAAUGCUGCAACGAUUAAGCUUCGCAACCGGAAGGAAGGAAGAAGAAGAGGAAGCAAAUUCCAAACCCAAUCGUGUUAUUAUUGUUAUUAUUGCUGGCGGAGAACAAAAGUGUGCUGUGUAAAAAGAGGAAGGAAGUAGUAGAAUAAGAAGCAGCAUCAAAGCAGGCGCGUGGCUGUGUCGGUGUGUCACGCUGCGUCUGUCUGUGUGUGUGUGCGUUCGUUCGUGUGCUUAAAAUUAAGUGUUAGAUAAUCCGGAGGCUGCGGCUGUGGAAGGGCCCCACUAAUAAUAGUAAGAAGAAGUAGUAAAAAAUAAGCAAAAUAAGCAGAAGAAGAAGCAGAGGUCGCCUCAUUGGCUGUGAUUGUGAAGAAGAAGCGGAGAAGUUCGUGCUCUUCGGCAAAAUCAAUGGUCGUGCGCACACACCAACCACGUUGCCCGAGGAAGUGAAGAAGUAACCCGCAGAGCGGUGUCCUCGUCAGUGUCGCCAGCGCCGUGGCCACGAACGAUGGAACGCGUCCUCGAAUCGACGUCGUGAAAAAUCUUGCGAAAAAAAAGUGAAUCAAAAAAAAUUGACAGUGAAGCCUAAACACAAGCAAGCAAAACGCGAAAAAAAUAUCAGUGCGGAAUUCCGGAAAUGCCCAUAGUGUCCUCGUCGAUCGCAGUCGUGGCACCAUUUGUGGACUACCCCCGCGAGCAAGUGCACGACUUUUGGCGGCAGCAACAGCACCCACUAUCACUACUGUCACUUUUACUACCACUACCACUACUACCACCCGCGUCAACGCAGAUCGCCGCACGAUCGCAGUCACCGCUGGAAUCUAGUACUAACGUCAACUCCACGCCUACUACUGUCACGCGAUCUAGUACUUCUUACGCUGCUGCUGCUGCUGCUGACGCUGACAGAAUCAAAUCGUUUGCCAAACGGUGGUGCUCCUAAAACAAAACAAAACCAACAACAAAAAAAAAAUACCAAGCAAAUAGUGACCGUGGCCGGAACCAGCCGGAACCUGUCCGGAACGUCAUCGCCGCCGCCGUGCUCCUCGCCCCGUUCGUUGGAAGCAGCCGCGGAAGAUUGUUGAACCAUUGGUUACCUAGUUAAAUGCAAAACCAUAAUCUAUCGCAAAGAUAACGAAAAAACGCCGUGUAAUUCGGCAUCAACCAUUUCUCCAAUAGAUUUCGUAGAGAAAUGGGGCCUGACACCGGUCCUUGGGCCCAGAC